ACCUAGUUAAGCAAGGAUGGCUACAAAACCUGUGAUAAUCUGUUUAUGUCAUUUUCUGGUUUUACUGUUGCAUUUUGCUCUCUGUCAGGAACCUGGAAUAUGUACGUCAAGGUUUGAUUACGAAUAUAAAAUACUUAAAAAGCUUCACGACUUAGAGGUGGAAAUUGAAGCCGUCAAACAGACACUAUAUGACAGAGUUUCAGUCGCAUUUAUGGCAGAACUAUCGCGCGAUUUGACGUCAUUCACCAAAGGCGCAACGGUCAUUUUUGACCACACCAUUCUCAACAACGGCAGUCGUUACAACCCCAGCAAUGGCGUUUUUGUUGCAAAAGGUUCUGGUCUCUACGUCUUCCACCUCGUUGCCACGUCAAGGCCCGGGAGUAAUAUUUUUCUUCACGUCAUGAAGAACAAUGAACAGGUGAACUAUCUGUUUCUAGAGAACAACGUGGAUUUCUACCACCAUCGUUCCGUCCCGACUGUCCUUGAGAUCGCCGCAGGGGAUCAGGUCAAGGUCAUUAUCCAUGGAAGUAGCGGAUCACCUAACCUUGUGGGCUGUUGUUUUCAUACACACUUUAGUGGAUAUUCGCUCAUUCUCAAAUAAACAGGUUAUGCGCAUUCGAAGCCACUUGCAACUUAUAUGGUUACUGUUUUGCUUUGACCGGCAUUGAAGCUUUGUUCAUAUUAAAUAUUCUUUAAAACCUUAUAUUCUUAAAAAAACAAAUGGUUUGAACAGGUUUGAGAAUACGUAAUGGUAAGGUGAUGCAUGGCUGAACAGCAGAUAUGGAAUGUAUGCGGGAAAUGUGAUAAUAGAACUUUCUUAAUUUCAACUUUCGAAGGCAUUUUAUAACUAUACACAUUAUUCUGUGUCGAUUGUAUUAAAAAGUGCUUUAAUUUAAUAAUUUGAUCGUCUUUCAACCGGAAUUUGGCAUUAAUGUUUGCAUUGCUUUAUUAAAACCCCAUAAAUGUUGCAUUUUAUUUUUUGUUUAAAAUUAUACGAAGAAAAUAUCAAUAUCUCUUUUGAAUUGUUAUAUAUCGCCAUCUGUAAGAAAUUGUUUGAACUUAAUA